UGCAGAUAGGAUAGGAUUGAACCACCAACUCACCUUUCCACUGUUCUUUCUUCAAAUCAGAAUCAACAAACAACCCUUCAAUCACGACACUCGUCUCAUCAACCUAUUCAUAUAUGAAUAUAUCAUAUCUGAAUCAAAACCCCCACUAAAUUCUGUGUUUUCUUGAACCUAAAAAUAUGGCAGGAGAUACAAGUGAAGAAGCUACAAGACAACUCGAUCAAACACCCACUUGGGCUGUCGCUGGUGUUUGUGCAGUCAUCAUCAUCGUCUCCAUAGCUUUAGAGAAAGUUCUUCACAAACUUGGAAAGUUUUUCACAGAAAAGCACAAGAAAGCUCUGUUUGAAGCUCUGGAGAAGGUUAAAGCUGAGUUGAUGAUUCUAGGGUUUAUAUCAUUAAUAUUGACUUUUAGUCAAUAUUACAUUGCCAAAAUAUGCAUUCCAGUUGAUGUGGCUGAUACCAUGUUGCCAUGUGCUAAGAGAGAUCAUAAAGAAGAGAAAGAAGGAACCACUCAUCGUUUGCUUUUAUCGUACGAUCAACGUAGGUCGUUAGCUGGUGCCGUUGCUUCUACCUGCGCUAAGGGGAAAGUACCGAUUAUAACUGUUGAUGGGCUGCAUCAACUGCACAUACUCAUCUUUUUUCUUGCUGUCUUACACGUUGCGUACAGCGCUAUAACUAUGGCUCUCGGGAGACUAAAGAUUCGUGGUUGGAAGCAGUGGGAGUUGGAGACUUCAUCCCAUGACUAUGAAUUUUCCAAUGAUCCUUCACGAUUCAGGCUUAGCCAUGAGACGUCUUUCGUGAGAGCACACACUAGCUUUUGGACUCGAAUCCCUCUCUUCUUUUACAUUGGAUGCUUCUUCCGCCAAUUUUACGCAUCCGUUAGUCGGUCCGAUUAUUUGACCUUGCGAAAUGGAUUCAUAAAUCUUCAUUUAGCUCCGGGAAGUAAAUUCAACUUCCAAAAGUAUAUCAAACGAUCGUUAGAGGAUGAUUUCCAAGUUGUUGUUGGAGUCAGUCCGGUACUAUGGGCAUCUUUCGUGAUCUUCUUGCUUCUAAAUGUUAACGGAUGGCAGGCUAUGAUGUGGGCAUCGAUAAUUCCGUUAAUCGUUAUCUUAGCCGUUGGAACGAAGCUUCAAGCCAUUUUGACGAAAAUGGCUCUUGAAAUCACCGAAAGACAUGCGGUCAUCCAAGGGAUUCCUCUUGUGCAGGCCUCCGAUAAACAUUUUUGGUUCUCGAAACCGCAGCUAAUGCUUCAUCUCAUACAUUUCGCGUUGUUUCAGAAUGCUUUCCAGAUCACUUAUUUCUUCUGGAUUUGGUAUGAAUAUAAGAUCAACUCUUGCUUCCAUGAUAAUAUGAGACUCGUGAUCAUGAAACUUGUUAUCGGGGUCGGAGUUUUGAUCUUGUGCAGCUAUAUAACGCUUCCGCUCUAUGCACUCCUAUCCCAGAUGGGAUCUAACAUGAAGAUGUCCAUCUUCGACGAACAAACCUCCAAAGCCCUCAAGAAAUGGCGAAUGGCCGUGAAAAGGAAACAUGGAGGCAAAGGUGGCAAAUCCCGGACACCAUCAAUGUUUGGGGACAGCGCUAGCCCAAGCCCCAUUCACCCUGCGGCGUCGGGCCUACACCAAACGGCAGCAGCCACACUCCACCGGUUCAAGACCACCGGUCACUCCACAAGGAAUUUCACCUAUGAAGAAACCGAUGUGUCGGAUUUAGAAGCCGAACCACUGUCUCCAGAAUCAUCUACGCGACACUUGAUCGACAUGAGGGGUGGUCAUCAUAGCGAUAACGAGAUCGAGUUGGAUCGAUCGGAUGAACAAGAAGAGGAGAGGGAGGAUGAAUUUUCGUUUGCGAAGCCUAAGCCUGCACCACCAUUGUUAUAGAAUCAAGCUGCCCAAUGUAUCAUAUAUUAUUGAAAAUUGAUUGCUUGAGAAUAUCCAUAUAUUAUUUUUGAGAUA